GCCCGCCUUCUCUUCCGGGCUCGGAGCGGCGUGCAACUGGGAAAACGCUCCGCACCCGGGGAGUCGGUCGAAGGGGGCUACGCGGGCUGGAGAUACCGCAGGGCGUCCGCGUGGCUGGGGUGCAGCGAGACCCGGGAAGCCUCUGAGGUGAAAGAGGGCGGCGCGGACAGCGGGACCAGGAAGGUCUUACAGGCCCAAAACAGGUCUUGCGUGAUAUGUGAGAGGGGCAAUUAUUUAAUUAAGGAAUAAUGCAGCUCUGAAUUUGCUGUGUCCCCUAAUUAAGAUGAAUGAAUCCAAAGCUCUCCAAAGUAACUCAUCUAUUGCUCAUACGGAUGAAGUAAUAAUUGCUUGUGAAGAUGGGUCUUUCCAAAAAACAGGGCAGAAGACAAGAAUUCUAAGAGCUGAAGAAGCAAAACAACUGUCUGAAAAUCAGGUCUUAGUAUCUGAUUUCAAGCAGCAGAAACUUGAGAAAGAAGCACAAAAGAACUGGGAUCUAUUCUACAAAAGGAACAGCACCAAUUUUUUCAAGGAUAGACACUGGACAACUAGAGAGUUUGAAGAAUUAAAAGCCUGCUGUAAAUUUGCAGAUCAAAAACUGACAAUUCUUGAAGCAGGUUGUGGUGUUGGGAACUGCUUAUUUCCUCUUCUAGAAGAAGAUUUGAAUAUUUUUGCUUAUGCUUGUGACUUUUCUCCCCGAGCAGUAGAAUAUAUAAAGCAAAAUCCUCUAUAUGAUGCCAAAAGAUGCAAAGUGUUCCAGUGUGACCUGACCAAAGAUGAUCUUCUGGAAAACGUACCACUAGAGUCAGUGGAUGUGGUGAUGUUAAUAUUUGUACUUUCUGCCGUUCAUCCUGAGAAGAUGCAUUUAGUUUUGCGCAAUAUUUAUAAGGUAUUAAAACCAGGCAAAUAUGUCCUAUUCAGAGAUUAUGGUCUUCAUGACCAUGCAAUGCUGAGGUUUAAAUCUGCUUGCAAACUUGGAGAAAAUUUCUACGUACGACAAGAUGGAACCAGGUCAUACUUUUUUUCUGAUGAGUUUUUGGCAGAACUUUUCCUGUCUGUGGGAUAUGAGGAAAUGGUCAAUGAAUAUGUGUUUCGAGAAACUCUGAACAAGAAAGAAAACUUAUGUGUGCCAAGAGUUUUUCUCCAAAGCAAAUUUCGAAAGCCUCAAAAAUGAGUUUUUGCUGAUAAGCUGCUGGACAGUUGAAGUUCAAGGUUACUUUCUAAUGUUACUAUGUUUAAACCAAAUUUUACAUCCAUGAAAAUAAGCCUAGCCCUUGCCUGGUACUCCCCUUUUGAUACAGCCCUGAAGAGAGCAGAAGAUUCUGCUUCUAUUUUAGGUAUAAUUGCAUAAUUUAUGGAUUAAAUUGCCAUAUGCUGAUUUCACACAAUAAGCUAUAAAAGGAAGCAAAGCUUUCAAGUUUAUCAGCCAGGAUCACAAAACCUUUAAUUGUAUAGAUGUUCUUUCUUGGCAAGACUUUAGAAUGCUCAUUGUCAGGCAAAAUCCAGAAGUGUGGCUAGCCUUAUAUAUAAGCAGUGCAGUGAGCCACUAGCUAGCUAACUACAUCAUAGCCUAACAUGAUGUGCAUACCUAGCCAGUGAGGUUAGUUUGUGGUUCCAUUUGACCUGUAAACCCCAAAAAUUAGCCUGAGUAAACUAUGGUUGUGUUAACCCUGGAUAAGUGUACCCAUAGUUGUAUAAACCAACCAUGUCACUAAGCUUGUAGUUUAGUUUAUUGAUUAUGAAGCCACCCUUUGUGGGUUAUAAAUCUUAAAUUGUGGUUUGAUAUGUUGUGCAAUCCCAGCUAAUUGUGGUUCACUUAAUUCAUGGAUAAAUAAACUAUACCUUACCAUAAUGUAUGAACCCAGCUAAUGUGAAAUAGGCACAUUGGAAUCCAGAAUGAUGACAUCCCUGAAAGAUAGCCAUACACAUGCAUAUACUUUGCUGAUACACUUUAAAAUACUGUGCUGCUGGACAAAAUAUUGUCCAAAAGAUGUACAAGUAGUCCUCAGGUUACAACCACUCAUUCAGCAACCAUUCAAACCUGCAAUGGCAUUGAACGAGGGGGACUUACAAUAAGUCUUCAGAGUUCUGGCUGUCAUGGUGUCCCCACGGUCAUGUGACCGCAAUCUGGGCUCUUGGCACCUGGCUCACGAUUACAAUGUUGCAACAAGCUGUGGUCACAUGAUUGCAAUUUCUGACAUUGCCUGCUGGCUUCCCACAGGCAAAG